CUCCGAAUCGUGGAUUAUAUAAAAGUAAUGUAGAAUAUCAGGCAGAGCCAAGCCAGAUCUGAAAAGGUAAGUAGCUUAAUUAUUGUAGGAAAUUGUUAUUACCAAAAUGGGAGUACAAUUCGAUGGCAUGGACUGCCUUGCAGAUAUGAAUCUGGCUCAAUACGCAGCUGCUCAUGAACUACUGCAAAAAGAAGUUGCAUGGAUGGACCAAGGGAAAUAUGGGAAAUUUACUAUAUAUUUUGGAGUUGCAAUUAUAGGAUGUGCUUUCCUUAAACAUAUAUGGUAUUUGUAUCGAGAUUAUAGUUAUAAAAAGUCAAAAUCUAAUAAUAAUGUUAUAAGUCCAUUUAUUGAUGUAUUUAUAUCAUAUUCAAGAUAUUUAGGUUAUAAACAAAUUCCGGCUCGUAUAAGUUAUUUCACUUCUUUACCUCCUUCUUUGGGAUCGACUUUAUUUACAAUGUUUACAUCACUUUAUCUCUUCUGUUAUUCAUUGGUACCUCAUUUUUGGUAUAGAGGAUGUUUUGGCUUCGGAUCUCCUCCAUUAGCUGUAAGAUCUGGAAUUAUGGCAGCAGCUUUAACUCCAUUCAUUUAUAUUUUAUCCGGAAAAGCUAACAUGAUAACUUUUUUAACAGGUAUAAGUUAUGAGAAAUUAAAUCAAUAUCAUCAAUAUGUUGGUUUAUCUGCUUUUGUAUUAGCAUUAAUUCAUACAAUACCAUUCAUUUAUCAACCAUUGGCUGAAGGUGGAGCCAAGAAUCUUUCAUAUGAAUUCAGAACUGACUUUGCAUUUUACAGUGGAAUUCCUCCAUUGAUUAUAUUAGGAUGGCUAUGCAUUGCAUCUAAGGCAUAUUUUAGAAAGAUCUGCUACGAGUUCUUCGUUCACAUGCAUUGGAUGUGCGGUGUUGCUUAUGUGGGUACUUUUAUUUGGCAUAUUAAUAAAACCUUAAAUUAUGAUAAUUAUGUUUGGAGUGCUAUAGCAUUUUGGGCUACACAAGUUAUUUACCGUAUCCUUGUUAAGACAGCAUUUAAACCAAACUCUUUAUUUUUAAGAUCAAGACUGGCCAAAUUAAUGAAACUAGGUGAAAAUUCUUACCAAAUAACCAUUGCAAAUACCAAAGGUUACAAAUGGAAACCCGGUCAACAUUGUUACUUAAGAUUUGCUGGAGCAAGAAUACUUGAUAAUCAUCCUUUUUCGAUUGCAUCUGCUAUUGAUGAUGAAGAAAAAGAAAUGAAAUUUAUCAUUGUUCCAAAGAAAGGUUUAACCAAAAAGAUUUAUUUGGAAUUAGAUGACUUUGUUGCUAAAGAAAAGAAUGUCUAUAUUGACGGUCCAUAUGGGGGAACCACAAGAGAUCCUACAUCGUUCGAUAGAAUCGUCUUAUUAUCUACUGGAAGUGGUGUUACUGCCACAUUACCCUUUCUAUUACACAUGGCCAAUGAAAUGAAACUAGCCAAAUCUGAUAAAUCAAAGAGGGUUGUAACUCAAAAAAUUGAUUUUAUUUGGAUUAUUAGAUCCCACGAAGACAUUAAAUGGAUUAGGCUGGAAUUGAUUAAAUGUAAGAGUAUUGGAGGUGAUCAGAUUAAUAUUUCCAUCUAUACAGCAAGAAAUAAUAAUACAGUGGGGGAUGUAAAAGAAGGAAUUGAAAUGUCAAAUAUGGACGACUAUGAACAAUAUAUUGAAAGCAGAGAUGUAGAUUUGAAAUCAGAAGAUAAUGGAAUAACAGUUCAUAAUUACAAACCUUCAGUUACUCGUGUGGUUAAUGAUCUUAGAGGUAGUCUUUUAAGAAGAAAUUUCAUUGUUUGUUCUGGAAGUGAUUCGAUGAAAUCUCAAGUUAGUGGAGCUGUUUCAAACUUACAAGCCUUAAUUUUCAAUAAUGAUUUUAAUCAUUCGUACAUAGAAGAAAUAUACUUACAUUCCGAAUCCUUCGGAUGGUAAGUUGUGUAGCAUAUAGACAAUAAAUAUUCUUAAAACUUUAAG